AUAGCAUGAUUUUAUACAAGUGAGAAAGAGAGAGAUACGAAAACGAUCAAAAUGGAGUUGGAUUUCUUAUUAUUGUUUGCAAUUCUAUUAGGUUGCUGUUUGUUUGUAUUUGGGUUUCUUAGGAAAUUCAACGAGUUGUUUUAUGUUGGAUUGCUUGAGAGGGAGAUAAAAUCUCAUCUGCCUCCUGGUGACUUAGGUUGGCCUAUUAUCGGGAACUUGUUAGCUUUCCUCAAAGCUUUCAAUUCUCAAGAUCCUGAAUCUUUCAUCAAUGGUCUUAUCUCCAGAUAUGGAAAGACUGGCAUAUACAGGGCCUUCUUGUUUGGGAAACCAACUAUCAUUGUAUGUGCACCCGAAACAAGCAGGAAGGUUCUCCAAAACAUGGAAGAGCUCAAACAUGGCUACCCUAAAGCAACAUAUAUCCUAACAGGGAGAAAAGCAUUGCACAGCGUAACGAAAGAGGAGCACAGGCGGAUGCGCCGCCUAACAACAGCUCCGUUGAGCGGCCACGAGGCGCUUUUGUCGUACAUUGAAUACAUUGAAGAAAUCGGAGUAAAAACAUUGGAAGAAGUAUCCAGCAUGAAGGAACCGGUUGAGCUGCUGACAGAGACGAGGAAGAUGGGCUUUAAGGUCAUCACACAUGUUUUCAUGGGAGAGGACAGUGCUUCAAUUGUGGCAACCGUGAAUACACUCUAUACUGAUUUAAUUGGAGGAAUGAAUUACUCUCUGCCCAUUAAUCUUCCUGGUUUUCCAUUUCAUAAAGCUCUCAAGGCACGGAAGAAGCUGGUGAAAAUCUUUCAGUCUAUUUUGGAUGAGAAGAGAGCAUGUAAGAGUUAUCAAUUACCAAAUGCAAAGAAGGAUUUGAUAGGAUUGCUCCUGGAAGCAGAAGAUGAAGAUGGUGGGACACUAGAGGAUGAAGAAAUUAUAGAUUUAUUACUGUCGUACUUGUUAGCUGGUCAUGAAAGUUCAGCACAUGGAAUAUUAUGGACAGUGAUUUACCUACUGGAGAAUCCUCACAUCUUACAAAAAGCCAAGGAAGAGCAACAGGAAAUCAUGAAGAGAAGACCGAAUACACAGAAGGGACUGAAUCUAAAAGAAACAAGGCAAAUGGAAUAUCUUGCUAAGGUAAUUGAUGAGACUUUACGCAGAACAACUAUCUCUAUGGCAAAUUUCCGAGAGUCCAUUGUUGAUGUUAAGCUGAAUGGUUAUAUCAUACCAAAAGGAUGGAAAGUUAUGGUGAUGAAUAGAGGUGUUCAUUUGGAUCCUGAACUUCAUAUAAAACCUAAAGAAUUCAUUCCUGGAAGAUGGGAUAAUGAGAAACCCAAAGCAGGGUCUUUCCUUCCCUUUGGAGCAGGAGCCAGAUCUUGCCCAGGCCAGGAACUAGCCAAGCUAGAGAUCAUAAUAUUCCUUCACUAUUUUCUACUUUAUUACAAGAUCGAACGUGUUAAUCCAGAAGCUCCAAUUAAUUACCUCCCAAUACCAGCCCCUUCAGAUAAAUGCCUUGUGACGGUCACAAGGGAAGCAUCUUACCAUCUAUAAAUGACUCAUUCCAGUUUCUGUUGUGAAAAUAAUCAAUACGAAGCUUUAUAUUGUCUAAAUAAAAAAAUCUCACAUGAAUUGUAGUUUUCUAUACUUUCAAAUAUUGUAUACCCUUCCCUUUUGUAGGUUGUUUUAAUAAAAAGUUAUUUCACGCU